AGACCGAGGCCGGGUGACCUUCGCUCAGGACUUUUCCAGUGACAACAACACCUCUGAUGUGUCAACACCUGACCCUCAGAACCUCCAGCCUAACCUCCAGCCCAACCUCCAGCUCAACCUCCAGCCCAACCUCCAGCCCAACCUCCAGCCCAACCUUCAGCCCAACCUCCAGCUCAACCUCCAGCCCAACCUCCAGCCCAACCUUCAGCCCAACCUCCAGCCCAACCUUCAGCCCAACCUCCAGCCCAACCUUCAGCCCAACCUCCAGCCCAACCUUCAGCCCAACCUCCAGCCCAACCUCCAGCCCAACCUCCAGCCCAACCUUCAGCCCAACCUCCAGCCCAACCUUCAGCCCAACCUCCAGCCCAACCUUCAGCCCAACCUCCAGCCCAACCUCCAGCCCAACCUCCAACCUAACCUCCAGCCCAACCUCCAACCUAACCUCCAGCCCAACCUCCAGCUCAACCUCCAGCUCAACCUCCAGCCUAACCUCCAGCCUAACCUCCAACCGUAUGAUACCCAACUGGGCAGGGGACAGGCACCAUGGACCCCUCCAUUGGGGACAGACCCAGAGCCACAUGACCCAGUACAGGCCCCAAAAGCCUGGGCCUCUGAAUGCAGCCAUGCCCAUUGGCCCUCCCUCUCCUCCAGCUUGACUCCAGUACUCCAGUCCCUGGCUUCACCACCUCCCAGAGAUACAGACUUGGAGGCCCGGGACAGCAGACUGCUGAGGCUCACCUCAGACCUGUAUGUAGCCACUCACCGAUCAGACGAUUCCACUGUCCUCCGGCGGUUCUCUGAAGGGGCCAGUCGGUGCCAGAGUCCAGCCCCACGGAGUGUCUCUGUGGAUAGGCUGCUGGAUCACCAGAGCCCCAGGCUUCAGCAGGCCUCCAGGAUACAACGUGGAGGAUCUCCCCAGAGACAGAGCAUGGAGCAGGGCUGUCUGGUUGCUCUAACUCCCCCUGGUUCGGUAGACUACACUGGGCAGACUGCCGGGUCCUGUCUCUACUCUCCCUCUGGUCAGGUAGACUACACUGGGCAGACUGCCGGGUCCUGUCUCUACUCUCCCUCUGGUCAGGUAGACUACACUGUGCAGACUGCCGGGUCCUGUCUCUACUCUCCCUCUGGUCCAGUAGACUACACUGGGCAGACUGCCCGGUCUGGUCUCUACUCUCCCUCUGGUCCAGUAGACUACACUGGGCAGACUGCCCGGUCUGGUCUCUACUCUCCCUCUGGUCCAGUAGACUACACUGGGCAGACUGCCCGGUCUGGUCUCUACUCUCCCUCUGGUCCAGUAGACUACACUGGGCAGACUGCCGGGUCCUGUCUCUACUCUCUGGUCCGGUAGACUACACUGGGCAGACUGCCCGGUCCGGUCUCUACUCCGGUCUCCCCCUCUGGUCCAGUAGACUACACUGGACAGACUGCCCGGUCCGGUCUCUACUCCAGUCUUUACAGCCCACCUCCCCCAGGGUCAGACCUGCAGACAGACACCAGAUUCAACUCCAUCAAAUCAAAUCAAAUCCAGUAGUAGUAGUGGUAGUGGUAGUGGUAGUAGUGGUAGUAGUAGUGGUAGUGGUAGACAGACACCAGAUUCAACUCCAUCAACACAACACAGGUCAAC